UUAAACCGAUCUCGUCCUCGCUCACAGACUCACAGUCGCUGCCAUAUCGCUUCGUAGGAAUGCGUGGAACUGAUUCCUAAGAAGCGAUCGAUCUAGCGAGCGAGAGAGAUGGGAGUAGAGAAAGAAGAAGAAACCCUAGGACAUCAGUGCUCGAUGGCAUCUCUUCUCGUCUUCAUGAUUGUAAUCAGCUUCCAAGAUGGUUGCGAAUAGAGAGGUAUUGCUUGGCAAAAAAAAAAAAGGAGCCGAAAAGUAUUGUAUUAUCUGUAUUAUCGCACAGGAGUCCGGAUGCUAUCUGAUGGAUGCUGACGUUUUAUAUUUGUAAAUUGGAGAGAGGACCUAAGAGUGCUGAAGUACUCCAGUUACAGGGAGAGAUAAAGCAACUCUUGAAAGAGGCUAGCUCCUUGUCACAGCCAUCCACAUUCGCACAGGCUGCCAAGCUUAGGAGGUUAGCAGCUGCCAAGGAGAAGGAAGUUGCAGAUUAUCAAGAAUCACAUGGCCAGGAAAUGAAAAUGUCAUAUGGUUUGCACCUAAAAGUUCUGUUUCUUUUUAAGGUUCUGACAUAUUUUGUGCUCGUAUGCUGGUUCUGGGGGGUUCCUAUUGCCACCAUAUCUCAGCAACUUGUGCAACCGUUUGGGAGGGUGCUAUCUUGGAGGACUGGUGGCAUCUCAAACAACAAUGUUAUGGUUGGGAUAAUACCUUGGUUACUAUUAUCCACGAGGGUUAGCAAACUUGCUUGUCGACUCUUAAAGGUAGAAAAUAGAUUCCGGUGAUUAUUGCAUUGGAAAUUGUAGAAUCUCUGUUCUCUAAACACCGUCUUAGCCAUUUCCGAUAACGAUGUACAUUUUUUCUGUUGGUAUUUAUUUGGCCUGAAUGUAAAUUCAUAUUAUGGAAUAGUGAGCAAUGAAGUUAGCCUCUUGAUUGUUA